AUCCCACCACCCUUCCUCUGCACACACUGCCCUUGUCACUCAUUCUUCCUCUUUUCUUUCUUUUCUCUCUCAGAGCAGCUGGAGGCUGGGGCCUCUGUGACAGUUUCUAUGGGUAUUGACUUCAGUGACUCUACACAAGCAGCCAACUUCCAGUUGUGCACCAAGACAGACCAGUUCAAUGUGUCUAUCCAGCCUGCAGUUGGGGAGCUACUGAUGCCAAGUACCAUGACAGAGGAGGAUUUCUGCAGAGAGCAAAGUAAACUUCAGGGAAUGAACGAGACCUCAGCUACAAUUACCAUGUCAACAGCAAACACCGCAAGUCUGGCCAAGGAGAUCCUGUCUGUGGCCAAUGUCGGAGUGGUCUCUUCCAGUCAGAAUGAUAUGCACAGACUGGCUAAAGAAGAGAUUGCGUACAUUAAUGAAGCAAAGCAGCAGGAGGAGAAGGUUGAACGGCUGAAAGCAGAGGCCGGAGAUGACUAUGUGAUCAAAAAACAGAUGGAAGUUUUGCAAGAAUCAAGAAUGAUGAUCCCAGAUUGCCACCGCCGCCUGGCCAUAGCACAUGCUGACCUUAGCCAACUAUUAGAAACAGAAGAGGAUUUGGCAGAGGCUGAGGAGUACAAAGAGGCCAGAAACAUAUUGGGUUCAGUGAAGCUUGAAGGGUGAUUUCUGAGCUCCUUUCUGUCCUCACUGAGAUCUUGCUGAGAUCCACUGCUUAAAUGUCCAUUCCUUUGAACUGACAUUUCUGAACUUCUUUUUUUUUUCCAAUUCUGUCUAUUCUGGCUAUUUACUUUUAAUGUGCCUACACAUUUUAAUAGAAUUGUGCUGUAUAUUCAACCUCCAAGAUUGAAAGUAAAUGUUGUGUUUAUAACAUAAAGCACAUUUGAAUGUUUUCUUUAGUAGGCCUAUUAGGGUCUUCAGUGCACCUGUCCUAAAAAGCCUCAUUUCUGAUGUCCUCCUGUUUAACUUGGGUAAUACUGAAAGACUGUUAUCAGCUCUAACAUUAUAACCCAUCAGUAGGACUUAAUUGCAGCAUAUUCUGUGCUGCUGGCAUUCUGCUCCAACAGCAGUGAAAUGGAUUGUGUCUUGAUACCUACAAUAAAGACAAGAGCACUUUGGGCAACCAUGUCAGGCAAUGACAAAUGUUGGUUAUGGUCAUGAAUGACAAAAUAAACCUGUCUUUGAUCCAUCUAUUAGGCUUACCCAUAUCACAGCACCUCCUAUUAAGCCUGAGGGACUCCUCCCUAAAUAGCCAUACUAAUAAAUGAACUCAAUUGGAAGACAAAUUAAGGUUACAUUUGACUUCAUCCUUAUUUUACAGAUUUGGAUAAUUACCAGAAUCACCCCCAAAGUCUCAUUAGCGCCCUAAUGUGGCGCUGCUACUGCGUGACAUCUUGCCCGCUCCAUCUCGUUAAGGAAAUCACUCUUCAAUGCUGAUUAUUUUAUUUGGAGGUAUAAUUAUAUUUCUUUCGGAUAAAUCACGGCCUAAUCGACUCAGUACAGAGGGCAGCGGCGUUAAUUGAGGCAUGAGAUGCAGCAACGAGGCCUACACCUGCGCUUUAAACGUCCAGCUCCACAUUGUCCUCAUAGCUCAAACCAAUGCGACCCUUUCAUUUGUGCUUCUGGUUGCAAAAUCGAUUCUCUUCAAAAAUCUUUAAUUGACUAUAAUGCUUUUUCUUUGUUACCAAAAGAAUAAAACUCAAAAUGAGCCUAUUUUUCUUUUCUGUUCUGGUGGACAUGGAAUUAUGCCAGCAGUAUGCAAAUAAACUUGCUAUUCUCCUUUUA